GCAUGUGGUGAUUUCAAGAAAGAGUAACAUGUAACCUGCUUUUAGAGUCACAUGUAGUGAAGCCCACUGCUUUCAAAAUGCACAGCUCUAUUGACCCGGUUUUCCUUGCAGGUGGAUGCUGGACAACGUGGAAAUCGACUUGGAUACACAAAGCAGCCACUACGAUUUAGUAGGAGGCAACUUGGUCAUCAGCAGCCCCAUUAAAACCAAACACGUGGGACAGUACUUCUGUCUGGCUACCAACAUCUACGGCACAGUGGUCAGCCGAGAGGCCUCAGUGCAGUUUGGAUACCUCGACCUCUUCUCGUCGGAGGAGAGGGAGUCGGUGUACGUCAAGGAAGGACAGGGGGCCGUGCUGCUCUGCGCUCCCCCGCCACACUACCCAGACGAGCUGUCAUUCCGAUGGAUCCUCAAUGAAUUUCCCACCUUCAUCCCGCUGGACAAGAGGCGUUUCGUCUCCCAGAUAACGGGCAACCUCUACAUCUCCAAGGUGGACUCCUCCGACAGCGGCAACUACUCCUGCAUCGCGUCCAGCCAAUCCAUUUCCAAGAGCGUCUUCUCCAACUACAUCCCCCUCGUCCCGCUGGCCGAACGUCCGAUCAGGAAAUACCCUGCCGACCUCAAAGUGAAGUUCCCAGAUACCACGGCUCUGGUCGGGCAGAAUCUCACCUUGGAAUGCUUUGCUCUGGGGAAUCCCGUACCCGAGAUCCGCUGGAAGAAGCUGGAGGGAAGACUUCCACCCAACCACGAGGUGCGGAUGGCGGGUGCUAAUCUGCACCUGUACAACGUUCAGUUUGAAGACGCGGGCAGCUACCAGUGUGAGGCGGUGAACUCCAGGGGGAAGGACUACCACGCUGCGCGCGUGUCCGUAGAAGCUUUCCCCAAGUGGGAGGAGCACAUCAGCAGCACAGAGAAGGACCUGGGCAGAGAUUACACGAUGUCCUGCACAGCCAGCGGCAAACCCGAGCCACGCAUCCGCUGGCUAAAAAAUGGACAACCGUCUCACCGGAAAGAGAUGAGGUUCAGCAGCCUGACGUUUGACGAUUCGGGGAUGUACCAGUGCAUCGCAGAGAGUCACCACGGGCUCAUAUAUGCCAACGCAGAGCUGCGUGUUUACGCCUGUGCCCCCACGUUUGAACACAACCCCGUGAAGAGAGUGCUGGCACCUAAAAACGGCCGGGUGGUGAUCGAAUGUCGACCCAAGGCCGCUCCGAAGCCGCUCUUCUCCUGGAGCAAGGACACCGAGCUGCUCCACAACUCCAGCAGGCUGUACAUCUGGGAGGACGGGAGCCUGGAGAUCCUCAACCUGACGCGCGCAGACGAGGGCAGGUACACCUGCUUCGCCGAGAACGACCGGGGCAAGGCCAACAGCACCGGCUCUCUGUUGGUCACAGAUUCCACAAAGAUCACCUUGGCGCCGUCCAAUGCUGACGUCAAAGUGGGUGAGAACACCACGAUGCAGUGUGCCGCGUCACAUGACCCCUCCCUGGACAUCACCUUCAUCUGGUCCCUGGAGGGCCGAGUCAUCGACCUGCACGAGGAGAGUCGCCACUACGAACGCACCCUGAACGGAAGCUCAAACGGCGAGCUCCUGAUUAAGGACCUCCACCUGAAGCACGCCGGACGCUACACCUGCACUGCACAGACGCCCAUUGACAACGUUACCGCCUCCGCCCACCUGGUUGUCAGGGGUCCCCCCGGUGCCCCAGGUGGGGUGCGGGUAGUGAAGAAAGCUGACAAGAAUGUAACAUUGCAGUGGAGCCGCGGAGCAGACAACCACAACCCCAUCUCCAAAUAUACCAUCCAGUACCGGGACUCCUUCUCAAAGGACGUCUGGAAGAAUGCCACUACAUCUCCCCCAGACGUCGAGGGGAACACAGAGAAUGCCACGGUGGUGGGAUUGUUCCCCUGGACGGAAUACGAGUUCAGAGUGAUUGCCAGCAGCACUCUGGGCAAAGGAGAGCCGAGCAGCCCGUCGCCGAGGGAGAAGACCCUGGAAGCAUAUCCCAUGGUGGCGCCCUCGGACGUCGGUGGCGGUGGAGGAACGAGCAGAGAACUGACCAUCACGUGGACGCCUGUGCAGCCACAGUACUACUAUGGCCCCGAUUUUGGCUACAUUGUGGCCUUCAAACCACAAGAUGAGUCCCAGUGGAUGAGGGUGACUGUAGCUGACCCCCAGGCCAAGCGCUACGUCCACAAGGACUCGUCCAUCCCUCCGAUGACACAGUAUCACGUCAAAGUCAAGGCCUUCAACAGAAAAGGAGAGGGGCCCUUCAGCCUGACGGCCACCAUUUAUUCGGCUCAGGACGCUCUAUCUGAAGCCCCUGGACGGGUUGACGGAAGAGCUCUCUCCGCCACGGACGCCAUCGUGUGGUGGCUGCCUCUUUCACAAAGCAACAUAGACGGGUACCAGGUGAAGUACUGGAAGAAUAAGGAAGACAGUGAAGGGGGGGCCCAGAGGGUGGUCGUUCCCGGCAGCGAGAACCACACCAGGCUGGAGGGCAUGAAGCCCGACUCCCACUACCUCGUCGAGGUCCGUGGCUACAACUCGGCGGGCUACGGGCCGCCCAGCGAACACCUCCAGGUCCACACCAAGAGACCCCCUCCAAGUCGAGCUCCCAAAAUAAUCGGUAAAAAGUGGAAGGUCCGGUCAUUGAAUAUCGCCUGGGAGCAGGUAAAACCUCUCGCUAACGAGUCGCCAAUAGACGGCUACAAGGUGCUGUUAAGGCAGCAGGGCCACUCCACCACCACUCUGUACACCACCAACAAGCAGUACAUCGACAUUCCCAUCCACACCGAUGGAAACUACGUGGUGGAGGUCCGGGCGCACUCCGAGGGCGGAGACGGGGCUGUGGCACAAAUCAACAUCACAAGUGGAAGUGUCGCGUCCGCCAUGCGUCUCGGCGCGCUCUCCCUGCUCCUCGUGGCGUCCCUCUGCCUGAACCUCUGAAUGUAGCGCCGUCUCCGUCUUCGCCUCCCCGUGAAAAGGGGGCUCUUAAUGGUUGACGACCUGUGAGAUGACUUUGGGACUCUUUCCCCCUAAAAUCUUCCGGUUCCACCCUGUAACCCCCCCCCCCCCCCCCCGGGACGUCAUAUUCCAAACUCUCGCCCUCCGGAGUGUGUUUGUGAAAAUAGACACAGAAAAUGGACAAAGACAUCCCUUAUUUAUCCACAAAAAGCCUCUUUUGGAGGAGUGUCAAAGGAGUUCUGUCAACUUGUUAAAUAUGCCUUAUAUAAAUAACUGCACUUAUCUUUCCCGAUAACUUGUUUUAAAAUUAAUCAUAACGGAAAGUGAAAAACGUUCCACUUUAAAAACUGCCCGCUAAGUUGGCUUCGUGAUUCAAAUAGACUUUUCUUACAUGGGUGAAGUUGCUGUUUGUGGAGAAAUGUGGGUUUCAUUUGAUUUGUAAUAUUUAAGGAUACGCUAUCCUGCAACGCUUUCUAUGGAAAAGGGUAACAAGUAGCUGUGAAGGAUAAGUGUAUUAGUUUAUAAAAAUGUCUAUGUCUUUCUUUACUGGCAGAUGAGUGGCAUUUUCUUCUAUAUCCUUUUUUUAAAAUGAAGCACACCCUUGUUUCAGAGAUACAGUCAAAGCAAAUAUCAUCAGUUCAAAUCUCGCUUACUAAUAAGGAAAGACACAUAUACGUCAUGCUGGAAUAACAUAUCCGAUAAUUGGUAUUGUUUUGCUACCUAAUGUACAAUGGAUGUUAUUUGAUUUACAAACCAUAGCACAAGCUCUAUUGAAAACAUACCGCUUCCAUAUCGUGUGCAUGUCGGCGUUGUUACAUGGAAGUGAAGUUUGAGAUGGUUCCUAAGUGUCAGCGAGUUUAGGCACUUGGGUCCGUAUUUGCAAAGCUGAAUGUAAAGCAAAGCAUUAAAGCAGUAAACAUAUCAGACACGCAGUUUCAAAUGUUUUCCCGACUGCAGCAGACAUUUCUACAACUGUGACAAUGAUCAACGCUUUGCCACAACACCCGGGUCAUUGCUCAGGCAGACCUACACCCUCCUUUGUUCUGACUGUGUCACCAGGACCUCCGUGGUACCGACCGGUGCUUUGUAAAGAAUGUUGGCAUCUUAUUUUGCGUGAACCUUUUCACCUCAUCAGUCGCUCUUAACGGUGAACAGUAGUGACGCUCGUGCGAUGUGUGAUUAAUCCAUGGCUACUUUAUAUUUUCUAAUACUAAAACUAGCUCCUGUAACCGUAAUCCAACUUCAUUUUUCAUUAUCUGGCAUGAAGAGAUGAUGAGCGACCCGUGUCAGGAGCCCAUCAAAACGUUUUUUUCCACUGCUUUAUUUGUGUCUUUUUAUUAACAUGUGAUCGGAAAUAUAUAAACAAUAUCAACUGCUGUUGUCUUUUGUUUGAGAUUGUCUCACUUGUAUGUCAUGAUCCACCACUAGUAGGAGGGGGGGGGGGGGUUUAUUUCCCUCGAUGGAAGCGAACAAACGCUGCGUUCUGAACUCCUCCGGGUCGUUUCGAGUGUGACUGAUGCUGGCCAUGCGUCUACGUUGUGACUCUAUCAAAAAUCCACCGCAAAGUGCUUUUCCCCAGUUUUCCCUUCAUGCGACAAAUCAUAUAGGAAAGAGUUGCCAAAUGCAUGAAUGCCUUUGAACUUUCGAAACGUUUCGUGAAGAAGCGGCGGCUCUCUACAUUCUAAACAUGCAUGACACCGGAGACGAAGCGAUCCGUCACUUUGCAACAAAUCAACCCCCCCCCCCCCCUCGGCUUCCUGCGAAACACAUUCCAUUUCUGAGUGACAUCCCUUUACGUCAGAGACAGUGCAGCCUGCUACGUGCAUUAGCUGUUAAGCUACGUUAAGCCGGUGCUUUCAUGUGAAGUCUUGGAGGGGGGGGGGGGGGGGGGAAUUCUAGACAGAAAAUAAAAAAACUGACAUAAGGAAUCUCACUCAUUCAUGGUCAGAAAAGUGGCCCUGCAGUGCUGAGUGGGGGGGGGGGGGGGGUUGGGGGAUUGGAUGGGCCUCGCCGGGACCGGUGAGGCGGCGGGUUUUCGACUGUGUGACGUUCAGUGCUUUGCUGGACUUGUGAGGGAUGAAACUGCAACCUCUCGUUGACUGGACAACAUACAAUAAAAGUGUAGUUGACUAUU